UAUGGCAUACCGGACGAAAGUCGCUGAUCCUGUCUUUCUCCUCUUUCUAUAUUUUCUGACGUCGUUAACGACGUGGAUCACUAGCUUCGCGAACGACUACUUCUACGAAAAGUACGACGUCGACACGAACAGAACGAAACAAUGCGGAAAUACGACAGGCGUCGCAUUCGAAACGGAAAGAGACGCUCAGUCGGCCGCUUCAAAAUGGUUGCUCUACAUUACCCUGACUAUCUACAUUCCGUCGAUCUUGGUCACCCUAGUGGCUGGUGGGUGGUCGGAUCGGAUCAAAUAUGGCAGGAGAUUGAUGAUGGUGAUUCCGUUGAUGGGAGGAUGUUGGCUCACUGUUGUGGUACUUAUUGUUGUCCACUUGAAAUUAUCAAUCGGAUAUCUUUUUCUUGGAAGUACACCGUAUGGCUUCACGGGCGGUAGCACCCUACACUAUCUGGCAAUGUAUUCCUAUGUGUCUGAUGUGUCUAGUCCUGAAACAAGGACUAGACGUCUUGGCAUACUGAGUGCAAUGAUGGCUGUAGGAGCAGGCGCAGGAAGAGUGGGAGGAGGUCUUCUUUUGCAGCAUGUUGGCUCGUCUGCUCUUCUCAUUUCCUCUCUCUUUUGUUGCGUUGUCGGCAUGUUGUAUGUGAUUGUCUUGCUUGAUGAUUCGUCAAACAUUGAUGGGAGAGACGUGAAUACUUCAGAGGGUGAGCACGAGCUCGGUACAAACCUUGUUAAUGAUGGUGGUAGUGAGGAUGAUGUCAGUGGCAAUGAUUUUGAUGAAGAUGGUGCUUUGACUAAUAAUUACAGCAAUGGUGGCUGUAAUAUGGAGUCGGUUACUGGACCAAUUCGGAUAUUGAAAACAAGGGAGCUAACUCUCAAGCCACGAUGGUGCCUUUGCCUGUUGUUGGUUGCCGACGGUCUCACUAUUCUUAUUAGUGAUGGUGCACCUACCAUAGAGUACCUCUAUUUUCUUGGUACACCUUUAUGUUGGGAUAUAAGCACAAUUGGUUUCUUUUUUGGGUCUUCUUAUCUCUUCAUGAUUAUUGGGGCAACGGUCGUCUUGACUGUUUUCACGAAUUUUAUUUACCUGAGAGAUACAACAAUUGUAUUGGUGGGCAUUCUAUUUUUUGUUGGACUAUACGUCUGUUUGGCUUUUGUUACCUCAACGUGGAACGUGUUUUUAGUUUUGGCUAUCUGCUUGCCAUCUGGUGUUGUUGCUCCAACAUUGACAUCUAUGUUAUCAAAAUGUGUUGUAAAAGAACACCAAGGAGCCCUCUUCUCUCUUUCAGCAUCUGUGGAGACCACAAAUUCAUUACUAGCACUUGUAAUAUUUAAUCCAUUGUAUUCUGCUACCAACCAAGAAGAUAUCAGCUUUCUUCCCAAUUCUGGAGCCUUCACAUUUCUUGUCAUGGCUUUUGUUUAUACUAUUAUAUUUGUCGUUAUCCUGCACUCGUCGGGCCUUGGUAUGGCAUCCUGCCGUGUACGAGUGCCUGAUCCUGUUCUUUUAUUCUUUUUUUAUGCGUUGAUGUCGCAAAUUACUUGGAUCACUAGCUUUUUGAAUGACUACUUCUAUAGUGAAUACGACGUGCACAGCAAUAAUAGGACACAAACGUGUGGAAACAACACGGGGAUCGAAUUCAAAGCGGAGAGGAAGGCUCAGUCUGUUGCUUCAAAAUGGCUUCUGUACUUUCUUGUGUCUAUCUACAUUCCGUCGGUCGUCGUGACUCUAGCGAUUGGCAGCUGGUCGGAUAGACUCAAACACGGAAGGAGGUUGAUGAUGAUAAUUCCAGUGAUCGGAGGAACUUGCGUAACAAUUGUGCUGCUUGUUAUUGUUUACUGGAAAUUGCCCAUUGGUUACAUGUUUUUUGGUACUAUACCAUAUGGGUUGUGCGGCGGUAGCACUUUGGUGUAUCUGGCUGUCUAUUCUUACACGUCAGACAUGUCUAGCAUCAAAACAAGAACGAGACGUCUUGGCAUACUGAGUGCAAUGAUGGCUCUAGGAGCAGGCAUGGGACGAACGGCUGGUGGCGUUCUGCUGCAGUACAUUGGCCCUUUUAGUGUUCUCUUCGCCUGUCUGUUCAGUUAUGUUUUCUGCUUGUUGUAUGUGUUGUUCUUGCUUGAUGAUCCGCUGAGGAUUGAAGGUGAAGACAAAGGUAAUUUCAAUGACCAGGAGAGCUUAGCUGUGAGAAGUGUUCAAGAUGAUUAUGCUGAUCAUGAUGUUCCUCCAUCCAAUGAUGGAAAUGGUGAUUCUACUCCACCCGAUGAUGGAAAUGGAUGUAUGAAGUCUGCCAUGAAAGGAUUUCUGAUAUUGAAAUCAGGGGAGUUACACGUUAAACCAAAAUGGUGUCUUUGCCUGUUGUUGCUUGCUGACGGCUUCAGUAUUCUCAUCAGUGAUGCUUCACCUACCAUAAUGUACCUUUAUUUUCUGGGGACACCUAUGUGUUGGAGUACGAGUAUAAUUGGCUACUUCUUUGGAUUGUCGUAUUUUUGUAUGAUUUUGGGGGCUACAAUCGUUUUAACUCUUUUUACCGCUUUUCUUCACAUGAGAGAUACAACAAUUGUAUUGGUGGGCAUUCUAUCUUUUAUUGCAGAAUUCGUCUAUCUCGCAUUUGUCACUUCGACAUGGAGCAUGUUUCUAGUUUUGGGCAUUGGCUUACCAUCUGCUGUUGUUGCUCCAACAUUGAGAUCUAUGUUAUCAAAAUGUGUUGUGAAAGAACACCAAGGAGCCCUCUUCUCUCUUUCAUCAUCCGUGGAGACCACAAAUUCAUUACUAGCACUAGUAAUCUUCAAUCCAUUGUAUUCUGCUAUCAAUCAAGACAAUAUCAGCUUUCUACCCAAUUCUGGAGCUUUCACCUUUCUUGUCAUGGCUUUGGUCUAUGCAGUCAUGUUCAUUCUCAUAGUAAUUUUACACUUCUCGAAGUCGUGGAGGCCUUCAAUCGUGAGAAAAACUGAAUCAAGAGAAUCACUGUUGAGAAAUCAAGACAAAGCAGCUUAGCAUUGCACACGGUAUGUAAACGUCAUGUUCAUUUUUAUAGACUACUAGCUGAGCAGCCUGUUAUUUGAAUGUGACAAAUUAUGUCUAACUUACAAAUUAGUAGACAAUACAUUGGAUUGA